AUGGAUAAGAGUUGGAUGACAAAGCCUAGGGGUACAAAUGAAUCCAGAGACGGUUGUAGAUUGUUCGUGGACUUCACAGUUAGGAACUAUACACUACCUGAUGGUAAGAUUUAUUGCCCGUGUAAGGUGUGUCGCCUUAACCGGCGUUAUCCGCUAGGCGUUGUUCUCUCCCACUUGACAGGGGGGAAAGGCAUACUUCUUACAUAUAAGGAUUGGAUGUUUCAUGGUGAGAAGCCUUUACGGGGUCAUGUUGAACCGUCUCCUUCGAAUCGUCCGGCCACAGAUGCAGUAGGUGGAAGCAGUGAUCAGAGUGGAAAUAUGCAUGCUAUGUUGCGUGAUGUGUUCGGCAUGCACGAUAUCAGGGAAGACAACUGUGAGUCUCAGGUCGUUGUGCAGGGUGAUGAAGAAAUCGUAGUCGAAGAAGCAGAUGAAGUUGACGUCCGAAAGUACCACAAGUUGCUUAAAGAGGCAAAGACACUGUUAUAUGAUAGGACCAAACAUAGCAAGCUGAGCGCAACUAUUCAUAUGUACAACUUGAAGUGUGUUGGUGGAAUUAGUAAGAAGAUAUUCUCAUCUCUCCUUGAAUUCAUCAAUCAAUUGUUGCCUGCAGAUGAUGGAGCUUUUCCAGUUAAUACUUAUGAGGCAAAAAAAUAUCUAAGGGACAUGAGACUCGGGUAUGAGAAGAUUCCGGCUAGUCGUAAUGAUUGCAUGUUAUUCUGGAAGGGCAACAAGGAGUUAGAUUCAUGUACAGUUUGUGAAAAAUCUAAGUGGAAAGAUGAAAUUCAUUUAGACGAGGACGGUCAACCCAUAUCGUCAAGUAAGAAACACCCGGUGAAAGUGUUAAGGUGGUUUCCACUCAUACCAAGACUACAGAGGUUGUUUAUGUCGCAAUAUACAUUGCCCCAUAUGAAGUGGCAUGCAGACAAUCACACAAAGGAAGGCAUAUUGAGGCAUCCGGCUGACAAUGAAGCAUGA